AUGUCUUCCACCACCGGCAACACCGGCGCCAACGUACUCGGCGCAAAGGACGCCAACCUACCCGUGGCUGCCGCUGCCGCUCCCAACGGCAAGGACUCGUCAGUCAAGAGCAUGGAGUACCACCGCCAGGUUCUGCAGUCCAAGAUGGAGGCACAGCAAUCCGGGACCAACUACGUCUCCCCCUCAGACGAGAUCAUGUCCCCCUGCACGGCCAAGCUGAACGCCCUCCGCAACAAACAAGUUGGCAAGGUCAAGCCCAAGUCCCUCUUCGCCCAAGCAUCAUCUAAGAGGUUGCGAGGCAGCGAGGGCCUCUUCGGCUCCAAGGCUGACUCCCCGCCAUCCAACAACGCAUAG